GCAAGCAAGCAAGCAUCUUACAGGAAAAUUGUAAAACCCGGCAUUUGGGACCUGACAUUCCUUGCCGAGCAUUUUAAAUCCAAAACUAUGUGCACCUCAUCGUCUCCUUUGAAGUCCUUAUACCUCUCAGCAAACUUAAAAUCUACUAGAUUCCGUAGCCUGGUCACCGGGUUACUUAAAGGGGAACAAUAAGGUUAUGCAUGGCCUAGAGAUCAAAACUUAUUGGUCAGCAUGUAGUAAAUCUUUAAAGUGAUUCCUGUACCAAUCACAAAAAAGUCAAAACUUAUUUAGGAUGUUGCCUAUAAUUCAUGUAGAUGUUCCCACUCAGGUCAGGGUGGAAGGAUUGUGAAAUUUAUACUGUUGACCGUGGAAAGUGAUAGGGAGGGUGCGGUAGGACAGGAGGAACACACCAGAAACCACUAGAAGUUUCCCUGGCCUUCUCCCACCCAGCAGGAGGCCUUGCCAGGUGGAGGGAGGUUCAGCCGGAAGUUGGAUGUGGAGGGGGAUUGCUUACAGCUGGCCAAUCAGAGGCUAGAAUUUGGCCAGCCCCACCCACUCUGCCACUGUAUCCUGUCUCUACCCAGCAUCCUUUGCUGGGUCCUGGGAAGCCACUUCACUGGGCACGAAGCCUUCGAGAAGCCACUUCACCGCGCGAAGCCACGGAGAAGCCAUUUCUCUGAACUAGUAAGACGCUGUUAAGCCGAUAUGGCCUCAUAUUCAACUCCCAAGAAGGAGCGGACUGCACGUAGAGGCAGUGUCAGGUCCCAAGGUAAAGCCCCCGUCACAGUCUGCAGUGGCACCUCAGCGGCCGGCAGCGCUUUCCAAGGCCUCGAAGUUGACUUGGGGCCGCCUGACACCUUCUCGACUCAAGUGACACCUCAGCGGCUGGCAGCGCUUUCCAAGGCCUCGAAGUUGACUUGGGGCCGCCUGACACCUUCUCGACUCAAGGUAAAGCCCCCGUUGCUUCGGUUCUUGCAGUCUGCAGUGACACCUCAGCGGCUGGCAGCGCUUUCCAAGGCCUCGAAGUUGACUUGGGGCCGCCUGACACCUUCUCGACUCAAGGUAAAAGCCCCGUUGCUUCAGUUCUUGCAGUCUGCAGUGACACCUCAGCGGCUGGCAGCGCCUUCCAGGGCCUCGAAGUUGACUUGGGGCCGCCUGACACCUUCUCGACUCAAGGUAAAGCCCCCGUUGCUUCGGUUCUUGCAGUCUGCAGUGACACCUCAGCGGCUGGCAGCGCUUUCCAAGGCCUCGAAGUUGACUUGGGGCCGCCUGACACCUUCUCGACUCAAGGUAAAGCCCCCGUUGCUUCGGUUCUUGCAGUCUGCAGUGACACCUCAGCAUGGCGCGGCCUUUCCAAGGCCUCAGAAAGUUGACUUGGGGCCCUGCCUGUCUCGACUCAGUGGCACCUCAGCGGCUGGCAGCGCUUUCCAGGGCCUCAAGGUUGACUUGGGGUCGCCUGACACCUUCUCCAUGGCUAUUGAAAACCUGGGGACAUUUUCUGUGCCUGACAAUCAGCCUUUUGACCCUGAGGGUAGCUUUGGCCCAGACAUACAACUUGGACGUGUUAGGCCCAUGACAAGAAGCCAGAGAGAGCUAGGCCAAGCCCUGAGAGGCGAAAAAGACAGCAACGAGCCCCCAGCUCAAACAAAGAGCUGUAGAAAGAGGAAGCAGCCCAGCCAAAACCUAACGACAAAAAGUCUAGGUGCACUUCAGCUUCCGGAAGCUCUCGAGUUGCCCCAUAGGCUUCAGCUACCAUCUUCUCUGAGCUCUCAGCCUAGCAGCAGCCACCAUUCUGAAUAUGCAGUGGGGAACCUAGACUCCCCAGGGCCUACUACCCUUAGGAGCACCACCAGGUCAGGCCCUGUGUCUACUCCAGCCCCUAUGGCCCUCAGCCAAGCCUUUCUGACUGUUUCUGGUCCUCCCAGCAGUGCCCCUGGGUCCAGCAGUGAUGAGAAUGUCCAGGAACUCAGUCAACAGACCAUUCUGCAGGCUCCUGAUGAUGGAGUUUUCUGCAGGGAACCUGACUCCAGAGGCAGUGUGAUCCCCGGAGGCUGGGUUCUCCGCUCACGUGUGGUAACAUUUGGUCAUCAUAGCCCUGCACUGGUCAGCCCUGAGGUUCAGCCCGAAGUCCACACCAUAGGCUGGAAUUUACGCCCUCGGGCCACUCCCCGGAUUCCUGUUCUUCACAGUGGUCCCCCGGUGUCCAGUCCUGAUACAGGCAGCCGUGCAACACAGAGCAGAAGCCGCAGUCGCAGUGCAUCCAGGCCCAGUCGCAGUACAUCAGGUCCGGCUCUGACCACCGGCGACAAAGCCCUCGAGCUCGAGCUCGAGUCUGAGUCGGAGGCCGAGGCUGAGGCCGAGCCUGAGUCGGAGCCGGAGGCCGAGGCCGAGGCCGAGCCUGAGUCGGAGCCCGAGUCGGAGUCAGAGCCAGAGCUGGUGGAGAUGGAGCCUGGCCCUCGCAGCCAGUCACAAGCAAGGCCUUUCACCUCUACGCCUACACUUCCAAGGAGAUCUUCACAUGCAACCGCAAGCUCUCCUCCAAGGCGUCCAGUCCGUAUGCGGGCCUCUUCCCCUUCUCCUCCUGGUAGGCUCUAUCCUUUGCCUGGGCAGUAUGGUGAAGGUGCCAGUUCUUCCUCCUCAUCCACCAGUGAGCUCUGUGUUUCAAGCCCCCAUUCUUUAAAGGGCUCUUCACCUCCAUUAAGUGACUUGAGUUCUGUCUCUGGUCCUAGUCCUAAUACCCUUUGGCGUGCCUUGAUACCUGACCUGGAUAACCUCCAUUCCUCCUCAGAGGAAGAAACAGAGGAUGACCCUCACUCUCCUGCAGAAGGGGAAGUGUAGAUGAUGUCCCUUAUUCCACCCUUGCUGUUAUUCUUUGUGUGUUCUAGCAGACUCACAAAAGGAAUAAGCCCUUAUACACAGUUGGCUGUGUGGUUGAUAAUCUGAGGUUUCUAGGGUUUCUACCCAUUCACCAGUAGUCUGAGCAGUUUUGAAGUCCCCUGUUCUCCUCGCCCCAACUAUUUAGCACUUAUAAGGACUUUGGUUCCAUUCAGUACCCCCAUUAUCUUUAAAACAGCUUGGGUUGUUUAUUUGUUGUUGGGUUUGGGUGGGGGCUUUG